AUGGCCGAGCAAACUCACCACGCGGCACGUGCCACCGCAUAUUAUACCAGGUCCAUUGGUGUCAGCCAGCGCGUGACACCGUUGACGAUAUCAUGGACUGGCGAAAUGCGCACCAGGUUCUCAGACUUCCAAGUCAAUGAGAUUAGGGAAGAUGGUUCGGUCCUCCACCUGCAGAACAUUGGCCUAGCAGAUGAAGAAACACCAGCGACAGAAGUGAAGGAGUCCAACGGCGAGUCUGCGACAAAAGAAACAAAACCCGAGGAACCUGCGCAAGAUGCUGAGAAGCAACCUUCGGGCGAAACUGUCACGGAACCCAAACCCGCAACUCAACCUGAGCCUGCUAAUGAGGUUUCAGCUGAGGAUGCUGCUAUCCUUGAAGGCUUGACCGACCAGCGAUUCGCCAAGGAAUUGGUCGACGUGUACAAGGCUGGACACGGCGCUGAUCAAGAUAGGAAAAAGACCGUCACAUCAGAACCCAUGGAUGACAGGACAAAACGUGGCCAAGUGCACCAGGAGAUUCGACGCAUCUUCAAGUCUCGGAUAGAUACCAACACCGGUGACGACGGUGCCAUUAUCGCGACCCUUAUUCCCCCACGAAAGGCCAACAGCAAGAAGCGCGGCCGAAACGGCGGCGGUCGUGGUGGCGGUGGCCGCGAUGAGAAACCAACUGGCGAAUACCUGCACUUCACUCUGUUCAAGGAGAACCGCGACACCAUGGACGCCGUUAACCAGAUCUCUCGAUUCCUCAAGGUGAAGCCUCAGGUUAUCGGCUAUGCUGGAACCAAGGAUCGCAGAGCCUCAACAAUGCAGCGAUGUUCUGUACGAUACAUGCGACCGCGAAACCUCGCUGGCAUCAACGGUAGGCUUUGGGGUGUGUCAACUGGAGACUACGAGUACAAAGACAAGCCUAUUUACCUAGGACAACUCCAGGGCAAUGAGUUUGUCAUCGCGAUAAAGAGCUGCGAAAUGGUUGGCGAGCCCCGGGACGAACCUAUUGCACAGCAGGUAGAGAAGCUCAAGAAGAACGUCGAUUCCGCCCUGAGCCACAUGAACGAACACGGCUGGAUCAACUACUUUGGUCACCAGCGCUUCGGAACCCACGAGGUUGGCACCCACGAAGUCGGUCAAUUAAUUCUGGGCGACAAGUACGAAGAGGCCGUCGAGUCGCUUCUUCACUACGACGACAAUAUUGCGCAAAAGGCCGAGGCAGGCGAUAUUCCUGAGGAGCCCUCCAAGAGAGAUGAAUAUCUACGAAACCAAGCCUGCAUGCUCUUCCUCACAGAAAAGGAUGUGAAACGCGCCAUCGAAAUCAUGCCCCGUCGAUUCGCUGCUGAGAACUGCAUCUUCAGACAUCUCAACCGACAAGGCGCCCAGUCUCGACGAGACUUCAUCGGUUCCCUGGUUCACAUUACUCGUGGCCUCCGCUCCAUGUACCUGCACGCCUACCAGUCCUAUGUCUGGAACCACGCUGUCAGUCGUCGCUGGGAACUCCACGGCGAGAGCGUUAUCGCGGGCGAUCUCAUCAUCGCACCCACAGAGAGCACACCCCUUGUCAGCGGCCAGGAUCAAGACGGCGACGACAUCAUAAACCCCGUUGAGGACGACGAGGACACUCCUGUCCGAGCUCGCCCUCUCACAGCCGAGGAAGCAGCUAGCGGUCGCUACACCAUAUUCGACAUUGUGCUGCCCACGCCAGGCUACGAUGUUGUCUAUCCCGAGAACGACAUUGGCGAGUUCUACAAGGAGUUCAUGGGCCGCGAUGAGAACGGCAACCUCGACCCUUACAAGAUGCGCCGCAUGCGACGCGAGUUUAGUCUGCCUGGCCGAUACCGCAAGAUUAUGAACCGAUUCCUCGCCACACCCUCUGCCGAGGUCCGCGCCUACUCCGACGAUACCGAGCAGAUGCAUCCUACAGACCUCGACAACAUCAAAGCGGCAAAAGCCCCUACGCUGAAACGCUCUCGAGACGAUGCCGAGUCGGACUCGACAGUCAAGAAGGCCAGGGUUGAGGACGCUACACCUGCUUCUACAGACGUUGAGAUGGCAGAGGCCGGCGAAAAAGACGGCCAAGGAGAAUCUGUCCCCACUGAGACAGCUCCUGUCGUUGAGGCGGAGCCUUCCAAACUUGCAGUAAUUGUCAAAUUCCAACUUGGACGCAGUGCGUACGCAACUAUCGCGUUGCGCGAGCUUAUGGGUGAUCCCCCUGAGGAGCCUGAGGCGGAAGAAGAAGAGGAGGCUUAG